AUGGUGCAGGGCCUGUGGACGCUGUCCCGGGGAUCGGUGGACGACAAGCUCCGGUGGGCGUUCACGCUAUAUGACCUGGACGGCGACGGGCAAAUUUGUCGGGACGAGAUGACGCGCGUCGUCACUGCCAUCUACGAACUGAUGGGCAAAUUUGCCGAACCGUGGCUCAAGGACGGCACGACGGUGGCCGCACACGUAGAUUUCGUGUUCCAGGUGUGUUUAGAAAUCUACAUUUUAUUUGAAACAUUUUUGAAAUCAAUACAUAUAAUUCGAUUUAAAUUAUAA